GGAAGCAGCCUACAAAUCCCGAGGAGCAUAUCGCCUAUUGCUAUAGCAGCGGGAAGUUUUCCGCCUACCUCAAACAUGAACAUCCCGAGUCGAGUUUUCACCGUGAUACCACCGGCUGUCGGACGGGAAUAUUCCGGUAAUGAAAAAGAGCAGGGCCUGGAGGUAAGAACAGGUCAUAGAGAAAGCUCCACUACACGGCCGAGGGAGGUCCAAGUCACCGGGGUAGCGGAGGUUUCUUCCUCGGCGGACCGAGCGUCUUUACGGAUCAGUGUGAGCAACACCAAGGAGUCUGUCAACGAGGUGACCAACAGCGUUUCCCGGAGACUCGAAUACAUUUUACAGACUCUCAGACAACAUGGCAUCAGGGAUGAAGACACCUCUCUGAGGAGAUUUCUCCACCAUGAAGCUGAUGUGUAUCACAUGGAUGCAGAGGUCAUGAUCGCCUUCUCAGAUUUUGAGAAGAUGGAGCAGAUAUGUAGCAUCCUGCUGGAAAAGCUGGACAAGAGCGUUUGUGUGGGGACACCCCGAUUCUACCACAGUCCUGAAUCCUUGAGUCAGCUGAGGCAGCGUGCUUGUGUGUUAGCCGUGGAAAAUGCUCAGCAGAAGGCCAGCAAAGUCAGUCAGCUCUUGGGACAAAGUUUGGGACCUCCCUUGCUUGUUAGAGAGGAAGAAACCAAGGAGUGGAAAAGCAAGGAGGACGAAGAGGAGGGUGGAGUCAGGGAACAGGCUUCUGCACACCUUCCCCACAUACCUACAGUCACUGCCUCCUCACAGGUGUCAGUCUCCUUCAGCUUCAGAGACAGAAGCAGGAAAAAACUUUAAAGACAUGUUGAAAGCAGACAGUGGAUUUUAUUGUGUUCAACACUUUAUUUCACUGUGGAAAUGCUUGAAUAAAAGUGCAAAAUUUUCUCUUUA